AUGAAGAAAAUACAAUAUUUUAUCUUAUUUUUUUCAUUGAACUAUUAUGUAUCUAAUGAACAAAAAUGGCCAACUGGAAUAUUAUUCUUCGAUGAUUCUGAAGAAACGAUGCAUUCUCCAUUUCAACCAUCAGCAUACAGAAAUAACAAUAAUAAGAUUGCUUGUCUUAAUUGUUUUACUUUUUAUACCAUGGAUGGAGGUCGUCGAAUGAUUGUUGAACCCUGCGGAGGACGUCAUUGUAUUUCAAUAGUCAACAAUACUCAUUUAGACGAAUAUCACCAACCAACACAAGAUUAUGAUUUUAAUAAAUGUGGCUCAGUUCAAAAUUAUCCUUCGAUAAAAAAAGGAACGCUACAAGUUAAAAUAAGUACAAGUGUUAAGAAUACAUUACGCCCAGCGGAAUAUCCAUGGCUCGUUCGUAUUGAAAGUCGUUCGAAUAUACAUUCGCGUACAGUUACGCUUUGUGGUGGUACACUUAUUCAUCCACAAUGGGUCAUAACUGCUGCUCAUUGUAUGUUUGAUAGUCAAAAAAAUCGUCCUUAUCCAGCUAAUGGUAUUAAUCUUUUUAUGGGACAUUAUGAUCGACUUAAAACAAGCAGACAUGAAUAUAUGAAACAACCAGCUCUGUAUUUAAUUCAUCCAAAAUUUCGUAUUAGUCGAUUAUCACCAGCACCAAUUCAUGAUCUAGCAUUAAUUAAAUUAGCUAGACCAGUACCAUUGACGAAUUUAAUUAAUGUAGCUUGUUUACCAACGCACAGCGAUCAAUUGCAAGAUGGUAAAUUAGCAUUUACAGCUGGCUGGGGACAUUCAUCGCCUAGUUCAACAGCUGUCAAUGUACCACGUAAAGCCCGAAUUCGAAUAUCACCGCGUGCCUGUCGUGCUUUAAUGGUCGAUAAAACAUUACAUAUAUGCGGACGAAAUGAACGUGGAAAUAAUAUUUGUAGUGGAGAUUCAGGCACUGGUUUAAUGGUGCGCGCACGUGUUCAAUCAAAUAAUAAUAAUAAAACCGAAUGGAAAUGGCAUCUAUUUGGUGUGGCCAGUUUUGGUCUUGACGAAUGUUCACAAAAUGUCAAUCAUGAUAACGCAUUUGCGUCUGUUUCAGCCGAUAUUGAUUGGAUAUAUGAAUCAAUGGAAAAAUACUAA